CAACUGCUCUAAUCGUUCUUGAUUGUUUGUUUAGGAACUUUUAUAAUUACAGGUAUAUAUUGAUUAGGAACUGUCUGUUGAUAUCAAUGUUAGCUUUGAUAAUUUUUCGAAAAUGUCCUUGGUCAAAUUUGAAAGGAUUGUCAGUGUAAGCAGUGAAGACCCCUCAUUUCCUGCUGAGAAUCUUCUAAAAUCUAAUUACAAUGACAAGAAAUGGAAAUGCAAACUUCCUGGAGAAAAACAGAUCAGUGUGGUUUUACAGAUGGAUUCUGCUGUUACUAUCAGUGCAAUUGAUAUUGGAAAUUAUGGUUCUGCCUUUAUAGAAGUUUUUGUAGGAAAAUCUAGCAAUCCUGAUGAUUUUAAGGUUCUCAUUGUUGCUUCAUCUCUAAUGACACUCCAAGAAGCAAAGCUUGGUGAAAAUAUAAGUAAUGUAAGGUUUUUCAAAGAGGAUAGUUUGGCGAAGCCUGUGUCUGUAGAAAAAUGGGAUAGAAUCAAACUAGUCUGUUCUCAGCCAUAUAACAAAUUUAUCCAGUAUGGUUUAUCUUUUGUCGUUGUGCAUAGUAAAAAUAUUACCACUUCACAAAGUGCUGUUUCGACUUUAGGGAAGUUCAAUUUGAAAACUAAGGAUGAGUCUGAAGACAUUACAGUUGGGAGUUUAUUUGCCAAACGAAAAGCAGACCCUGCUCCCGAACUAAAAGGUAAUUUGAUUUACACAAUGAAUAGAUUAUUUAUGCACUUUCAUUCUGUCAUUAAAUUUUUACUAGGUGCAGCAGCAAUUAGAGCAGCAUCAACUUCCGGUAUAAUCACCCAGAAAAAACCUUCUUUGAUGGCUUUAUCUAAGAAUGCAGCAUCUGAAGAUGAAGAAAUAAAUAAAGUCAGUAGUGGACUGUCUUCUGAAACCAAUGUUCCACCUUCAGUUAAUAAUUCCAGUUCUCCAGUUCUCAGAAAGGAUAACAAAAAGAAGCAAAAACCAGAUAAACCAAGGACACCAAAAGCAAAGCCGGAACCAAGAUUUAAUGGAUCUUUGCCACAAACUUCUACAUCUGCUUUGACCAAUGGAGAAUCCUCUAGUAAAAAGCCACCGAGUAAAAACAAAGAAGAAACAAAAAAAAACAUAGUCCCCAAAAAACGUCUUGAAAAACCUUUCAAUCAACUGAUGGGAGGUGUUGUUUUUGCUAUAAGUGGUUUUCAGAAUCCUUACCGAAGUGAUUUAAGAAAUAAGGCUCUAGCAAUGGGAGCAAAAUACAGGCCUGAUUGGGACAGCACUUGUACACAUUUAUUAUGUGCUUUUCCAAACACUCCAAAAUUUAACCAGGUCCUUGGACAGGGGAAAAUAGUAACCAAAGAAUGGAUUGAGAGUUGUUAUUCUAGGAGGAUGAGAUUUCCUUGGAGGAGGUUUGCUUUGCAUCCACCUGAUAAAAAUGUACCUGAAAGUGAAGAAGAGAUCAUUGAAUAUGUGCCUCGUCCACCCUCUCCAGUUGACAACCGGAGAAGAAUCAGUCCUGGUCCAGCAAGUUCUGGAGAGGAUACUGAAGAGGAAAUUGAAAGGGUUCUAAAGCUGCAAAACAAAACCAAAAAAGACGAAUCUCAAGUAGAUAAAGUUAGUGUGAAGGAUGAAAGUGAUGAAAGAAAUCAGAAACAUCUUAAAGAAUCUUCAAAAAUGUUUAAUGAUGUUGAUCUACAACCUGUUGUGAAAGAACCAAAUUUGGAACACCAAUCACCUAGCAAUAAAACUAAAGUGUUUCAUAAAAAUAAGCACAAAGAAUCAAAUAAUGCAUCACCAGGAAGUAAAAAGAAAAAUGUUUCAAUGAACAUGUUACCCACCAAUAAAAAACAUGGCUCACAAGACAUUCAUUCAAUGGACCAGGAAGAAGGUAUCAUUCCAGAUGUUAAUUAUGACCCAGGGCCCAGCCGUACGUUCUGCGAGACUGAUAUUUAUGAAAUGGAUACCGAUGUUGAACCUGAGAACUCAUUUUCGAAGCAGUAUGGAUUAAUGCCUCUAUUGACUUACUAUGAAGAUAUCCGAUUUUUGGUUGGUCAAGAUUUGACUGAGGAGGAAAGGAAGAAAGUGAAUCGUUAUAUUUUUGCACAUAAAGGAAUAGUUGUUGAAAAACCAAACAGUGCUGUUGAGUUUAUCAUCACUCGAAGUGCUGAUGAAGUUAACAAGGUGAAGAAUCUGUGCCCUAAAGCAGUAGGAGUAAAGCCUGAUUGGGUUUGGAUAUGUCAUGAUUGUAACUACCUUUCACCUAUCUCAAAGUUUAAAGUAAAGUAAAAUUACUAAGGCAUAUCGAAUGUUGAAAUGUAUAACAAUUGUUUUGUUUUUUUAGAAAUUUUUUAAAUAUAAUGUUAAGAAAUUCA